AUGAAGGUGAUAACUCCAAUUUUGACAGAAACAAGAAGUCAGUUACUGAAUAGUACAUCUCGCUUUAUGACACCUACCAAACUGCUCGGUCUUCUUGUUGGAAUAUUUGUCAUUACUACAAUUGUGUUCAUUACACUUUAUGGUGUCGAAAAAACCAGGAAAACAAUAACAACAGAAAACAGAACUUUACCAUUAGCGACGACUACAGAUGAUGUAUGUUUCACUCCCUAUUGUGUCAAAGCAGCCAAUUACCUAAUUGAAAGUAUCGAUGAAACAGUCGAACCAUGCGAAGAUUUUUUUCAUUUUGCCUGUGGAACAUGGAUUAAAAAUACAAGAAUACCUGAUGAUGUCAGUGCACAGAGUCCUUUCAAUUUGUUGCGAACGCAAUUGUAUUAUAACGUUAUAGAUCUUCUAUCAUCGCUGCCUGUGAACGAUACCAACGAGCCUAAAGCCGUUGUUAAUGCUCGUCUCUUGUACAAAUCCUGCAUAGAUGAAGCAGACAUAGAGGCUACUGGUGUUGAUCCUAUUCUUUCAUUGGUCAAUACAGAAUUGGGUGGUUGGCCCAUACUUCAAGGUUCAUCAUGGAGUAGUUCAACGUUUGAUUUGUCAAAUCUCUUUUUGAAACUGCGAAAAUAUGCUUAUAAUAUUAUCUAUCGAGUAAACACAGUAGUCAGUGAAGAAAACUCGACAGUAUACAACAUUGAAAUCGGACAAAGUGAUCUUGCACUAGGACAAAAGCAAUACUAUGCCAAUGAAACAAAUAUCACGAUUGCUUAUCGACAGCUAAUACGCGAGUUGGCUAUGGCAUUAGGAAAUGACACAUCAAUGAUUGAUCACGAUGUCAAUGAUAUUUUCGAAUUUGAAAAGAAUAUAUCAAAGUAUCAUUGGACAGAUGACGAACAACGAGCACGCUAUGAUGAAACUGUUCGAACUACAUUCAACAAUCUUUCAUUAACAUUCAACACCACAUUUGAUUUCACCGAUUAUGUUCGUCGUUCCUAUCUAUUAGGCAAUGUGACUUUACAAGAUACAGACAUUAUAGCCGUUAGUGAAAUCGAGUAUUUGAAUAAUGUUUCAUUAAUCCUUCAACGAGCUUCACCACGAACCAUACAAAAUUAUAUAGUUUGGCGUUUCAUACUAAGUCGAACUUCGGAUAUGCCACAACAUAUUCGAAUUAUCAGACAACGAUUUGAUCGAAUCUUUCGUGGUACGAAUACCGAACGACCACGUACAGUAAGAUGUGGCAGUUUUGUCAAUCGUAUCCUAGGUUUUGCUGUCUCGAAACUCUACAUUAAAAAAUAUUUUGAUGAAAAUGCUUUCAAUGAGUCUCUUGAAAUGAUCAACAAUAUCCGAGAUGCAUUCAUCGAAAUGCUUCAAGGAUCUACUUGGAUGGAUGUUGAAUCAAAAACAAAAGCCAUUGAGAAGGCCAGAAGUAUAGAUCAGCAUAUCGGUUAUCCUGACUAUUUGGCCAGCAAUAAUAAUACAAAACUCGACGAAGAUUAUGCUGAGUACACUUUCAACUCAUCCUACAUUAGAAACAUUCUCAAAUUGCUUGAAAUAUUUGCCAAGGAAAAUUUUCAACUACUGCGAAAACCUGUCGACAAAAAAGACUGGGAUGAAUACUCUGCACCCAGUGUUGUAAACGCCUUUUAUGAUCCAUCAACAAAUCGAAUCAGUUUUCCGGCUGGUAUUUUACAAAUACCUUUCUUUAAUAAGGAUGCACCCAAGUAUCUCAAUUAUGGUGGUAAGCAUUAA